AUAAAACAGAUGCUGCCACGAAGGCAUUUAUUUUAAUGUUUUACAAUGCUGUAUAUAGAUAUUACCGAUCACUUUUAUAUAUCCACGUGAUCAAUUAAAAACAAUUUGAAUUAUAGUGCUUGAGUAUAUGUAUGUUAACCAUGUGUAUUCCUCGUGACGUAUGAUGAUAAGUAUAUGACAUAUAACAUACGACUGAAUGACGAAUCUAAUAAAAAAGAGAAAGUGCAAUAAAUCAAUAAAAAAAUUCUAGAUAACAUAAUCUUAAUGAUAAUUUAAUAUGGCAACGUCAGAAAGCGACGAUUUUGAGAGCGCUGAUGAGGAGUUAGCACAUGGCGGAACUUCCAAGACUAAUGUUGAUGAUAUGAGAUGGAACACUAUGCAAUCGGUUGUUGAUUCUGAGUCCGACGAUGACACCGAAUGCAUUCCACGAGUACCUAGGAGAAAUAUAGUAGUCUGCGAAAAACCAAGAUAUCGUUCAUACAAAAGAGAAAUUUCAUCUGAUGAGGAUAAAAUUGGUAAUUUAAAGGAUACAACUACUAAAAAGUCUGAUGAUAAGGUAAAUAAAGUAUCUGAUGAGAAAAUGGAAGAUGAGACUUCUUAUAGUUCUGAUACAAUAAUAAAAACAAUGAUUAUCGAAAAUAGUGCAUCAAAAACUUCAGCUACGAUUAAAGAUAAUCCUAUGGAAGUUACUUCUAAGAGUACGACGAACAAUCUGAAAGAAGAAACGUUGUCUAGACCUCGAAGAACAACUGAUGGUCCUAAAAAACUUGGUGCUCGAAAGCUAGGAACUAAGAUGGAAAAAGAACCUGAAAUUAUUCCUAAAACGAGUGAAAAUGUUCAAGAAAAUGUUCAAGAAAAUAUACCUUCGACAAAUGUCAUUUCUAAAGAACCUAUUAAAGGGAUGAACAUAGUUUCCAGUGAAUUUUCAGACACAGAUGUCCCUGAAGUUGACAUGCCUGAGGAACUGAAAUCGGAUAAAAAAUUUAAAGAGAUAUUUAAACCGCAAGGAUGGGAAAAACUUGGUAAUAGCAUUGAAUUGGAGGAAGAUUUGACAGAGCAGAAAAUUCAACCUGUAUUAGAUAGAUUAUCAAUAACCGAUAAAGAUUCUGAUAAUUCUUUGUGGUCCAAUUGGGGUAAUUGGGGUGUAAGUUCAUUAAUCAACACUGCUUCUGUUGGGGUUUCUACUUUAACGAAUCAUGUUAGUCAAGGAUUAUCUCUUUUGGAAGAGACGAUAAACAUGCCAGAUACUACUGAAUCACAUAUGAUAGAAGAUACUAAAAAAGAAAAAGAAAAAGAAGAAGAAGAAGAAGCUGUAAUUCCUGUAAAAGACUCUAAAGAAAACGUAUCCAAUCUAUCGCAAGGAACUUUUGGUUUUAGUAGUUUUCUAUAUGGAGUAUCAUCCAUUACAAAACUAGUUGAAUCAACCGGUAGUAAAGUAAUGACUGGUGGUUUAGAUACUUUAGAAGCUAUUGGUAAAAAGACAAUGGAAGUUUUGCAAGAAGGUGAUCCUGGUCUGAAAAAGAAGAAAGCAUUUUUCAUGACCGAAGGAAACAAACCUAAUUUAUCUCAAAUACUUAGAGAAGUAAAAGAGAAAGCAGAAUCCGAAGAGAAAACUAUAGAAGAGAAACAAUUAGCGAGGAAGGUCCAUUUCGAAUCUUUGUUCGACGAUUAUCAAGGUCUGGUUCAUCUAGAAGCAUUAGAAAUGUUGUCGAAACAAUGUAACAUUAAGAUUCAAUCGCAUCUAAUUAACCUUGACACGGAGGAUUUGGUACACCUGCAAGAAACAUUAGAACAAGUUAAAGAGCUUUGCGAUUUAGAGGAUGAUGAAAAUAGACCAGGAACAGAGAAAGAUCUGAAAAGUCGUUUAGCCGAUGCUUGCCAAAAUUUAGAACUUGCCAUCACGUACGAACAACUCGACAAUGUUUUGAAUGAAGUUAAAUCUAGCUCUUAUCUUGCUACACCUAUGUCUCAUACAAAUCUGGAAAUUUUUCAAUAUGCUAUUUCUACAAUAGCAAAGUUUACUGCAGUCAGUGUGGAGAGGUUUCACAAAACCGCAGAGUUACUCUUAAUUAAAGAAAGACGUAGUACAGCAAGUGAAGCUGAAGCACUAGUUGGUCUAACGCAUAUCUUAACUGAUGAGAUUAGUUUGUUGGCUACAAACUUUUGUAAUGUAUUAAACGAGUUUAUUAAAAUGUCUAAUAAUUUAGACAGCAUCAAUGCUAAUAUAACAACGGUUUUUUUCGAAGCUGAAAAUGCAAGCUCGUACAUUGAAGAUGCUUUUAAAUUACUUAUUCCAAUUUUACAAGUCGGUGCUCUAUAAAUGGAAAAUAUUAUAAUUUUUUUUGAAAAAAAAAAACAACACGCAGGUUCGUAUAUAUGAAAAAUAUAAUAGAUAGAAAGAUUUAAAUGUAAAUAUAAUGAAAAGUAUAUUAGAAAAAAAAUUAUCUAAUUCAAUUAGUUUAUACAUAAAAGCGUUUAUAAGGUGAUGGUUCAUAAAUAUGUAUAUUAUUUUUUAGAUUUUCUAAUCCACUUUGUAUUAAUUAAAUUAAAUAGACACGAUAAUAGUCAUGCAUGAAACUCGAUAUUACGAAUAACUAAAAACAAAACGAAUACAAAAAAAGAUUUCCGCAACUUAAUAUUAUAUUUAAUAUUUUUACGAA